GGGACCGUUGAGGGCCCAGGAACUCUCUCUCUCUUCGUUGAUUAUAUUUUCCAGCUGAACAACGGGCUACGGUUCCAGACCACUGCUGCAAGAACAGUAGGAAAAUGGAUGGACCAAGGGGGGGAAGCAGCGUUGAAACAAUUUUACCCAACUAUAGGCUUGGGAAGACACUUGGCAUUGGAUCAUUUGGUAAAGUCAAAAUUGCGGAGCAUGUUCUAACAGGGCAUAAAGUUGCUAUCAAGAUCCUGAACCGAAGGAAGAUAAGGAGCAUGGAAAUGGAAGACAAAGUGAGACGAGAAAUAAAAAUAUUGAGAUUAUUCAUGCAUCCCCACAUUAUCCGACUCUAUGAGGUUAUAGAAACAACAUCUGAUAUAUAUGUUGUUAUGGAGUAUGUGAAGUGCGGGGAGCUAUUUGAUUUUAUUGUGGAGAAGGGUAGACUCCAGGAGGAGGAGGCUCGGGGUUUCUUUCAGCAGAUUAUUUCAGGUGUGGAAUACUGCCAUAGGAAUAUGAUAGUUCAUCGGGAUCUUAAGCCAGAGAAUCUGCUCUUGGAUUCUAAGUGGAAUGUAAAGAUUGCAGAUUUUGGCCUGAGCAAUGUGAUGCGUGAUGGGCAUUUUCUGAAAACAAGCUGUGGAAGCCCAAACUAUGCUGCUCCAGAGGUUAUCUCGGGUAAAUUAUAUGCUGGUCCUGAAGUUGAUGUUUGGAGCUGUGGGGUUAUUUUGUAUGCCCUUCUUUGUGGGACUCUUCCAUUUGAUGAUGAAAAUAUCCCAACUUUAUUCAAGAAGAUUAAGGGUGGGAUAUAUACUCUUCCAAGUCAUUUGUCACCCUUAGCACGGGACCUGAUUCCAAGAAUGCUCGUAGUUGACCCAAUGAAACGGAUGACAAUACCUGAGAUCAGACAGCAUCCUUGGUUCCAAGCUCAUUUGCCCCGCUAUUUGGCUGUGCCUCCACCUGACACACAGCAACAGGCUAAAAAGAUUGAUGAGGAUAUCCUUCAAGAGGUUGUUAAAAUGGGGUUUGACCGGAACCAACUAAUUGAAUCUCUCCGGAGCAGAGCACAGAAUGAGGCAACUGUUGCUUAUUUUUUACUUUUGGACAAUCGUUUUCGAAUUUCCAGUGGCUACCUGGGAGCUGAAUUUCAGGAAGUUAUGGAAUGUGGUUUUACUCGUAUGCAUCCGGGUGAUCCUGCUCCUUCCACUGCAGGCCACCGGUUGCCUGGAUAUAUGGACCAUCAAGGUAUUGGUUCUAGGCCACAACACCCAACCGAAAGGAAGUGGGCUCUUGGACUUCAGUCUCGGGCUCAGCCCAAAGAGAUAAUGACUGAGGUCCUGAAAGCUCUCCAAGAGUUGAAUGUGGCUUGGAAGAAGAUAGGCCACUACAACAUGAAAUGUAGAUGGUUACCAGGUCAGCCUGAAAAUGGUAUUGAGAACUCCCUUGACUCUAACCACAUCUUUGGAGAUGAACCAGCCAUUAUUGAAAAUGAUGGUGUCGCAGUUGGAUCACCCAAUGUGCUCAAGUUUGAGCUUCAGCUCUACAAGACCAGGGAAGAGAAAUAUCUCCUUGAUCUCCAGAGGGUUUACGGCCCACCCUUUCUUUUUCUGGAUUUAUGCGCUGCCUUCUUCGCACAACUCCGAGUUCUAUGACUUAUGGGUCAGUACUCAAAAACUGCAUUGUAUUUCUUUGUAUAAAUCUUAGAGAGAGAAAAUGAAUGUACAACUCUACUAUAAUUAUGCUUAGCUACCAAAAGCUUGGCAUGGUUUAAUAACUGGUGGGGGGAGCUUUAAUUUCCCCGCUUUUCGUUUAUUUUAAUUUUUAUGUUGUUACAUAAUUGAGUGAACUGUGUAUUGAGGCGUGGAAGGGGAUGUGGGCAGUUUCUCUCUCUUAAGACUUGGGGCGCCUGGUUUUUCCCAAAUCCGCCCAAUUUUAUGAAUUUGUGGACUUUUUGUUCA